UGUCUUCGGCGCUCGGAGCCUCCAAGGAGUGGAGGACCUUUGGUUCUCGGGGGGUAUCUCGUUACGACCCAAUGGUGGUGGUGUUAUCGUAUGGGUUUAUUUGAUGCCUCGAUUUCCGUAGCAUUAAGUGCUUUCUGCCAAAACUAUUAAGCCUUUUCUGUAGCAGCGAUUUACAUGAUUAGGCUGGCCGGUGAACAUGCUACGCCACACGAGAAAAAUGAUCGUGCCCUCGCUCCAAGGGUGUACACAUUGCAGAAAAGCAAGAAUUAUUACUAUAAAACGCUUCAAAGACUUUUUGAAUCUUCAAAGAAAUUACAGUCAUCCAGCAGGUGAAGUAAAAUCUUUACGUUCUGUUUUAACUCCACCAAUAUCUAAGAUCCGCAACAUAGGUAUAAUGGCCCACAUAGAUGCAGGAAAAACAACAACUACAGAGAGAAUGCUGUAUUAUUCUGGUUACACAAGAAUCCUUGGAGAUGUUGAUGAUGGUGAUACGGUAACAGAUUUCAUGGCACAGGAACGGGAACGUGGCAUUACCAUUCAAUCUGCUGCUGUCACGUUUGACUGGAAAGGCCAUCGAAUCAACCUGAUAGAUACACCAGGUCAUGUGGACUUUACUGUGGAGGUGGAACGUUCCUUGCGAGUGUUGGAUGGGGCAGUGGCUGUUUUUGAUGCUUCAGCUGGUGUGGAGGCACAGUCUCUGACAGUCUGGAGGCAAGCAGACAAACAUCAUAUACCCAGAAUUUGCUUUUUAAACAAGAUGGACAAACAUGGAGCAAGUUUCAUCCAUUCAGUUGAGAGUAUCGAACAAAAGUUGAAAGUGAAGCCUUUACUUCUACAGUUGCCGAUUGGAGAGGCAAAGUCUUUUAGAGGAAUAAUUGAUGUGGUGAACAAGGACCAAGUGAUCUGGAAUGCUGUCACUGGAUUGGAUGAUGGAAAGACCUUUCAGAAGAAAGCCUUGGAAGAAGCUGGCGAUCUUAACUUAUUAAGAAAUGCCAAUGAUGCAAGACAUACCUUAAUAGAACAAGUUGCAGACCUGGAUGAUGAAUUUGCUGAAUUGGUCCUUGGAAACUUCAGUGAGAGUUUUGAUUCAUUAUCAGCUGAUGAGCUGCAGGCUGCAAUACGAAGAGUAACCCUGGCUCAAAAAGCAGUGCCUGUGUUUUGCGGAAGUGCGUUGAAAAAUAAGGGUGUUCAGCCCUUGUUGGAUGCGAUUGUCAAGUAUUUGCCUGCACCAGAUGAACGCAGCUAUGAUUUCUUGCCAUGGUAUAAAGACGAUCUAUGUGCUCUGGCAUUUAAAGUUCUUCAUGACAAACAGCGUGGGCCAUUGGUUUUUUUGCGCAUUUACUCUGGCACAAUGAAGCCUCAAUCAGCCGUUUAUAAUAUUAACAAAAAUUGCACGGAGAGAAUGAGUCGCCUGCUCCUGCCUUUUGCUGAUCAGCAAAUAGAAAUCUCUUCUCUAUCCGCUGGCAACAUUGCCCUGACUGUGGGAUUGAAACAGAGCGCCACUGGUGACACUGUCGUUUCUUCAAAAGCGUCUGCAGUGGCUGCAGCACGUCGAGCUGGAAGAAAUGUGGCAUCGGCGCAUGGUCAAGCUAAAGAAGUACAGAACCUCCUGUUAGCUGGCAUUGAGGUUCCAGAGCCAGUCUUCUUUUGUGCAAUAGAGCCACCUUCCAUGGCCAAACAACCAGAUCUGGAUCAAGCAUUGAUUUGUCUGCAGCGUGAGGAUCCAAGUCUGAAAGUUAAGAUCGAUGCUAAUACGGGACAGACAAUUCUUUGUGGCAUGGGAGAACUACACAUUGACAUCAUUCAUGACCGAAUCAAACGCGAAUACAAACUGGAGACUUACCUUGGACCUCUUCAGGUUGCUUAUCGAGAAACAAUCCAAAACUCAGUUGAAGCUGCAGAUACACUGGACAGAACAAUAGGAGAAAAGCGACAUCAAGUGACGGUUGAGUUGAGAAUUAAGCCAUGGGAGGGAGAGAUGCCAGCAAUAGCACCAGUCAUUGAGUAUGCUGAAAGUAUCAGUGACUUACUUCACCCUGACCUUCGUGAAGCUAUAGAAAAUGGAAUUUCAACCUCCUACCUUCAAGGACCACUUAUGGGAUACCCAGUUCAAGAUGUAGCAGUCACUGUCCGGUCAGUAGCUACAAAUGCUGAUACAUCACUAACUAUGGUUUCUGCAUGUGCUUCUCGUUGCCUGCAAAAGGCUUUAAAAAAUGCUGAUAAACAAGUCCUGGAGCCUGUCAUGAACUUGGAAGUGACUGUGCCUGGAAACUAUGUUGGUGUAGUACUUGCUGAUCUUGCACAGAGGAGAGGCAACAUAGAAGACAUUCAAGGUCGCCUUGAUAACCAAGUUGUGAUUGCAGCUGUCCCCCUAGCAGAAAUGAUGGGCUAUUCAACAGUUUUACGUUCUUUGACAUCUGGGACUGCUACAUUUACGCUGGAAUUGGCAAACUACCGCCCAAUGAGCCUGCAUGAGCAAAAUGCUUUGCUUAAUAAAAGGACUGGUUUGGCAUGAUGUCAUGGAGGGCCACGGACUUGUUUUAAUCCUUUGUUAGGAAGCAGUUUAUGUUGGACUUAGAAUGAUCAAAGUAUAUAUUGCUGCUGCAGCAGCCUAUUUAUACGUCAGUAGAAAUUAUAACAUAUAAAUUAUAAUUUAUCUUCAGAAAAAUUGAUGUUUUGUGACUACAAUCAGUUAUUCCACUCAAGAACUACAAUUGCCUUUUCCCUAACUGUUAUUUUGUUAUAUACAAAAUAUGCACUAGUAUAUUUCUGGUCCAAGGAGUUAUGUAGUAGGAUUUGUAGAGUUUUGCUGUUGUACAUCUCUCUUUUCCUAUAUAAUUCACACUGAUACAUAUGUGUCACAUUAAAAUAAAGUAUAGGCACUUUGGCUACGAUCC